AUGAUGAAGAACGAAUCACUCGUGGUAGAAAGGAAAUACUGAAGCUUCUCCGACAACAGGAUAAUGAAGUCUCCACACAUAAGAAAGGCUACGAUCCUGUACUCGUCCGGUUCUAUGAAGAAAGCGGAAUGACCGAGGUGAAGAAGGAUUGUCCGUUGAUAGAAGAAGCAGCUAAGCAGAGCGGGAAAACUGUAGACCAAGUGAAGAACUUCAUCGUAAACUAUCGUAAGAGUAAGGGCGGCAGCAAGAGGAGCCUCCCCACAGACGACAUGGAGGAUGACAACAUCACGGGACAUCGUGAAGACUUAGGGGUGUCGGCAACAAAGGGAGACAGCAGUGUUCCACUCGAAAUACAGCUGCGGGGUCCUGGAAUGCAGCAGCUGUACUCCCAGGCCUGCCGCCAGGGGGCGCGACCGGUGCACAGCGUGCGCGGGCUCGUGGUUGGUCAGUUCAGAUCCGGGAAGACGUGUGUCGUCAGGAGGCUGACGGGAGAGAAGGCUGUGGAGAAUGAACCGAUAACAGACGGCAUCGAGAUUUCACCCAGCGUGAUGACCAAGACUUGGCGGAAGGCAAAAGAGGAGCCAGACGAAUUCAAGGAAACUAUGGCAGAACGAUUGGCAGAACAACAAGAACGGGACAAACCACGCACCCGGACAUCGUCACGAACCCAAGGAGCAGCCAGGAAAAAAGAAGAAAGUGUGGUUACGACUACGUCACGACAAACACAAGACAUGCCGGAUGAUGUCAAAAUAAAAGCUCAACAGCGACUUCAGAGUGACGUGAUGGUUCAAAAGCAAACACCAGACAUUCCGGAUGAUGUCAUAGAAAAAGCCAAGGAGCGACUCCAAAGUGGCGUUACCGAGGAGCAGCUUGGAACAGCCGAACACCCGCGUCUCUCCCUCUGGGACUUCGGCGGCCAGGCCACGUACUACGGCUCGCACCAGUGCUUCUUCACGUACCGCGGGAUCUACAUCCUGGUCAUGUCACUGCUGCAGAAGCUGUCCGACCCAGUUCCUGAUCUGGACUACAAGGCUGCAGCGGACAACCUCGUAACUGGAAGAGACUACUUGGACCACUGGCUGAACUCAGUCCGCACACACACCCUGGUGCACGGGCGGGAGCAGACAGGAGAGCCGCGUGUCGUCUUGGUCCUCACGCACAAGGACAGAGUUGAUGAGUCGGACAUUGAGGAGUACAAGAAAGACAUACGUGAUCACAUCGAUGAUAAAGCUGCCGGUAAACACGUCUUGCCUGAGAUAUUUGUCAUCGACAACUUCGACGAGGACAACAGCGACAUUGACGAGCUCCGAGAAUACCUCCGUGAGGUGGCGAAGGGUCUGUGGUUCAUGGGCCAGGAGGUGCCGAUGGCUUGGCUUCAUCUGAAGUCCAAACUGAUGGACAAGAGGAAAGAGGACAACCUAUUCUGCAGUUUCCAAGAUGUCGUCGAUCUGGCCCGGAGUGAUGACGUGGGCAUCACGGACGACAGCCAUGUUGCCGACAUUUUGACCUUUCUACAUGACCUUGGUGACAUCAUCUUCAUCAACGAACCUGUUCUCCGUGAUCACGUGGCCCUUCGACCCCAGGUGAUGAUUGACGUCUUCAAGACCAUCAUCACCGUCCCGGAGUACCAACAGAACAGGAGCACGGAUGGGGAGGUUGCCGAGAUGUGGAGGAGGCUGGAGACGGAAGGCAUCCUCAGUGACAGGCUGUUGACAAUCAUCUGGACCAAAGCAGAUCAAAAGAUGCAGAAACCCUUCCUACUGCGGCACAAGCCCUUCCUGAAGCGACUGAUGGAAAAGUACUACCUCCUCUGCUAUGCCACGCCGAUCGGUGGGUUUGAUGACACUUCGGGUGAUCCUGAGAAAGAAGAGAUCUACUUCGUACCAUCUCUCCUGGCCGCAAAGCCUGACGACAGCACCUUGUAUCCUGGGCUAAUGAGGAGAUACCAGCAUCCUCUGUAUGUCGUAUUCGACAACAUGUUCCUCCCAAGUGGCAUGUUCUAUCGUCUACAAGCCAUUUGUGUGCGCAGGUUCGGUCUUCAAGAGUCCGACGUGUUCGCCGGCUGCGGCCGCUUCCCUACCGACGAUGUAAAGCAACAGUUUGUGGUAACCAAAGUGAAGCACUACCUGAAGGUAGAGCUUCUGUCGGCUGAAGCUGAAGAUCAGCCAGUAUUCACACAGGCCCUUCCUGUUAGAAAGUUCCUCAGCAGUUGUCUCUUUGAGAUCAAGGAGAAGUGGAUCCCGUCCAUCCAGUAUGACUGGUGCUUUGGUGAUGAGUCAGAAAAAGAAACAGGAACACCAGUAUUCUACCCGCUGUCUGACAUCGAACAAGACACGGCAACGGGAUCCAGUCGUUUUCCAGAAGACUUCAUCAAUGUCUGGAUACGUGGCAGAAGUGAUACGACAACGUUCUGUGCAGAAAACUCAGGUGGUUCCGGACCCGUGAUGAUAGAGCCGACGCUGAACCCAGACUCAGUCCACACGAUCGGCCCUGUCCUGGACUGUAUGGAGACCUGCAGAGGGCUGAGUCUGUCACAGUGCGAUCGGAUCAGACACGAGCUCACAUCGUUCAGCAGGUUCAAAGAGCUGGUUGCCACCGUCAACAGGGCCGGAGACAUGUGCCGUCGCUUGCUGGGGGCGUCCGUGGACGUUUGUCUGCCGGAGAGAGCACCCAUGUUUCCCAGGGAAGAGAGAGGGAACGAAAUUGUUCUCCUACACACCGGAGACUACAAUGACAAGCUCACCCAGCCACUGUUGAAACAGGCAGUCCAAUCGUCCAGCAGGUACGGUGUAACAGUGUCUGAAGACGUCAUCGAACCAGGAGAAAUCAUCACAGACAAACUCUUGCACCAUCUUCUCCAACGGAACGUCAGGAUGGUCGUACCGAUCAUCACACCCCAGACUCUCCACAGCAGACACUGGUCCACGCUCGGGUACGAAUUCUGCGUACACAACAAGAACCUGGUCUUCCCGGUCUUCGCGUACCCUGAAGGAAACAGAGAGCGUUUGCUAGAGGUACUCGGCAGGCGCUGUGCGGGGAUGUUGGAUAUGUCAUCAACAGAAGUACCAAUGACUGAAGAACCACUGUCCAGCACCAAAAUUGGUCUCGUUUUAGCAGAUAUCCUGAGGAAGGUGUCGUCUUCUGUUGUGCUGAACACGUACAGAAUCACAGAAGAAGGUUGCACGAUUGAGGAGGAUGGUGUCACUAUCUUCUUUCCAAAAGGAUGCGUCAAGACAGGGAGGUCCCUGUCCUUGGAGGUCGAAAUGCUGCCCAUUGAUGACGCCUUAACAAAGACUUUCUCAGCUGUGACCCCGAUACUGACUGUGCACCAAGAAAAGGAGGAGGACUUCUUAGAGCCCGUGAGCGUCACCCUGCCGUGGGCAUGGAAGAAGGGCGACUACAGCACAGAUAAGACCGUCCUGAUGGAGAGAAAGUCAAAUCAUCCCCAGUGGUCGCUGCUAAGGACAGAGUUUCAAGAGACAGAGGACACAGUCACAUUCACAACGAGACACUUUUCUGGGAUUGCCGGUGCCAAGGAAAGUGGCAAAGAGGGAGAAAGUUCGACCCCCCCUGCAGAAAGGCCAGGGAAGCAGGAGGAGACUGCCAAUUCGGGGGCGUCAGAGUCAAAUGUUCCAUCAGAGUCAAAUGUUCCUUCAACAUCUCCAACCACGUCUCUGUCAUUCCAGACAUGUUGGAACAGGUACACCGAAGACAAAGUGUACCUCAUCAUAAACCCAAACAAGGCAAGAACAGACAACAACUGCAUCCACCUCAUGUGUGUUCACAAGGACGACGACCCCAACGACUUUUUCCAAGCUGACAAUAUGUUGCCGCUCCCACCGUUCAAACAACGCAUCGUCAUGGGCUGGGAAGAAAGGAUAGACGCCAAAUUUGAUGAAGAAAAAGAGGUCAUUGGGGAUUCUCGUGAUCUUAAGGAAGGUAUCAUCUUCUUCUUCCCACCAGCUAACUGCAACAGGUGGUCAGUUGGACUGAUCCUGAACAAUCCGAGCCAAACCAAAAAGAUGUACCAAGGAGCCGUCCAUUUCAGACUUUCUAAACCCGGAUCACAAAUAACUGAUCUCAAGCGCCGGAUCCCGUCAGCGACAGUGUAUUUCCACUCUGAAGAUGAGGGGAAGAUAAGUCAGGUUCAGCAGAAGGAAGGCACUGUGGUCACCAUGACCAAAGCGUCCAAGAUACAACAUAAGAAAGGUGGAAAGAGGAAAGCCAAAACUCGGCAUAUUGGCGAGUCCAGCGACAGUGGCCCCCCGGUAAAACGUCUGAAGCAAGAGUUCACGUCUAUUCUGAUGGUUAACGAUACGUACGGCACGUCCCAUGGAGGUAUUUCUACCACGAACCGUCAGGUGGCGCAGUUUCUGAAACUUCAUGGUGCUACAGUUCAUGCUACAGCUGUGCAAGCAUCUGAAGAAGACAAGUGGUGCGCCACAGAGGAUGGUGUUAUUCUGCAUUUGCCUGUCAAAAAACCCAGAGACGAGAGGACGCCAUCUUUAGAAUGGUUAACCUUUGACCACAGUAGUCGUUACCUAGCCAUACCACAGGAUCUGAAGUGCAUUGUGGGCCAUGCAAAUGUCACCAGUGGAGCCGCAAAGAGCAUACAAGAAGACCGCUGUCAACAGGCAAAAUUGGUCCUUUUCAACCACGACAUACCAGAAGAGACAGAGCACUACAAGGGAGAUAAGAAAGCGUUGGCCGCGGGGAAGAAGAUAAAAGACAUCCUCGAGGAUGCAAAGAAUGCAGAUGCAGUGUUCUCAUUGGGAAGAAGAAUCUACGGCUUCUUCGAGACGAAGUACAGGUCACUUGGAGAAAGCAAACCAGGACAACACUUUUUGUUUCUCCCAAGACCAUCUCCAGUGUUUGAAGCCAUCUCUGUCAGGCCAGGAGGAGGGCAGAAAGUCGUGCUUUCUGUCGGGAGAGUGACCGAAGUGGACAAGCUGAAAGGCCAUGACCUGGUAGCGCGGGCGUUGGGGGAGGUUACAGAGAAGAUCACAAACGUCAGAUUGUGUGUUCGUGGGAUAGAUGAAGAUGACUGGGAAGCGAGCAAGAGAAUCCUGGAAGAGAACCUGCACAGUGGCAAGAUCAAACCCACCCUGCUGCCAUGUGGAACACAGGAGGACAUCGCUCAGGACAUGCAGCAGGCUCACCUGGUCCUGAUGCCGUCUCGUGCCGAACCGUUCGGGCUGAUCGGUCUGGAGGCCAUCGCAGCAGGCAUCCCCGUACUCAUCUCUGACAAGUCGGGGUUGGCAGACAUGAUCAAGGACUUGAUCAAGGAGAAGAAAUGCCCUGCAGAAAUGAGGCACAGGAUCGUGAAAACCAGCGUGAGGGAGUCCGACCUGGCUGAGGAUGCAAGAAAAUGGGCAGAAAGGAUCGCAGACACCUUGGAAUACUCUGAGGCAGAAUUCGACAAAGCAGCAGAGUACAAGAAGAAGCUGUUGGAGUCCAAGUACUGGGAAGAGUCGCACCAAAACCUGCUGCGGGUCUGUGGCUUGACGGACUGAGUCUAGAUCGCGUCUUUUUACCUACGUGUCAGAUUCCUAAUCGCUGAUCCUAACGCACACAGUUAAUGUCAUCAUUACUGUGUGUUUAUAUUGCAAAGCAAAGCAAGACUUGGCAGUGACCACAUCUAUCAUUGGCCAUGUACAAUUUCAAAGAUAAGCUCAUUUACAUUGACACUGUCUAUUGUCUCUAUACAGGCCUUUCUAUCAUCUACGUUGCAAUUAGGGCAACGUACAUAUAUAGCUAGUUGGUCGUGGGCUUUUUUGUACAUGUAGUCUGAUGUCAGUAUGGACUUCAAAUGACCAAAUGGCAUAAUUUUCAUUCUCGUUUAAAUUCAAAUCUGUAUAUAAACCUGUAUCAAAUGGAAAGUCAUUUAAUGUACAUAUGUAAGCAUGGCAAGUUAUUAUGAAUGAAGAUAUUUACAGUACUUUAGAAGAAAAUUUAGAAGAUGUGAAUCUAAUGUACACGUUUUUAAUUACUAUAAGUACUGAUUUGUAUCCUUGAUAUUGUGAUUGAUUUAGUUUUUGUUACAUGUUGAUGUAAUAGAGUGUGUUUUUCUGUUUGCCUGCUGGUAUUUCGUAAAUUGAAGGGGUACCCUUCCCUUUACCUGUUGGUGUAAAAUUUUUAUCACUCAUCAAAGUCCUUUAUAAUGUAAUUUGCAAAGGAGUAGUUUGUAAAUGAGUUAUAACUUCAGGAAAGCUUUGCUGUAAAUUCAGCCUUAGAUAACUAGUGUCCCAAGCA